CUCUCUCUUCAGUUCCUCUUUCUUUCUCCUCUGACGCACUCAACCUGCAGUAUUACUACCUGUGCGUAGUGAAGCUUGUCGGGCCAGAGUAUCCAGAGGUGUUUCUAGUGAGUAGCAGGACAGGAAGUGUGAAGAGACGGCUGAACAGACUGAACGACUGUUCUCAGGAAGUUGCUCACCUGCCUGCUGUAUCUGUCAGAGGAAUGAGGAUGAGACUUGGGAACUGACUCUCUUUCUCUCUCCUGAAAUGCCCAAACUGGACUGACUGGUGUUUCUGAACUGUUUGAAAUGUCUCCCUCUGUCAUCACGACCAGUUGCUGAGCAGGAUGCCCUCUGACCUCCAGGAGCGUCACCUGACCUCCAGCUGCGGCUCCUAUAUCAAGAUUGAGCCCUCCUCCCCCUCCUCCUCAUUGGUUGACACCAUCAGCCACCACAGCCCCUCGGCCAAUAGCGACGUCAGCGGCAGUCACAUCAACGUAAACAACCUCAACGGACGCUCGCACGUCCUCGACUCCCCACCCAUGUUCAACCCGGGCAUGCUGGGAGGGGGCGGAGCCUGUCUCCGGAGGUAUGACGACUGCGGAGAGGGCGUGGCGGAUGAUUCUCCAAUCAAGUGCGAGUAUAUGUUGAAUGCAAUACCGAAGAGGCUGUGUCUGGUGUGUGGGGAUAUCGCAUCAGGUUACCACUAUGGGGUCGCCUCCUGCGAGGCCUGCAAGGCCUUCUUCAAAAGGACCAUACAAGGGAACAUAGAGUACAGCUGUCCAGCCACUAACGACUGUCAAAUCACCAAGAGGAGACGCAAGUCCUGCCAGGCCUGUCGCUUCAUGAAGUGUCUCAAAGUGGGCAUGCUCAAGGAGGGUGUGCGUCUGGAUCGCGUGAGGGGCGGAAGACAGAAGUACAAGAGGAGAAUGGGGGACACGGAGAACGGGGCCUAUCUAGGCCUGACACUCCCCCCUCCUGCCAAAAAGCCAUUGACAAAGAUUGUGUCUCACCUGCUGGUGGUUGAACCAGAGAAGAUCUAUGCCAUGCCAGACCCGACCAUGCCAGAUGGAUACAUCAAGGCCCUGACCACUCUGUGUGACCUGGCUGACAGAGAACUGGUGGUCAUCAUCGGCUGGGCCAAACAUAUCCCAGGAUUCUCCAGCCUGUCUCUGGCAGACCAGAUGAGUCUACUGCAGAGCGCAUGGAUGGAGAUCCUGGUCCUGAACAUCGUGUUCCGCUCGUUGGCCUAUGAGGAGGAGCUGGUGUAUGCUGAGGACUAUGUGGUGGAUGAGGAGCACGCUCGUCUAUCUGGCCUGCUGGACCUGCACGUUGCCAUCCUGCCUCUGGUCCGACGCUAUAAGAAGCUGAGCAUGGAGAAGGAGGAGUUUGUCACACUUAAGGCCAUCGCCCUCUCCAACUCAGACUCCAGGCAUAUAGAGAAUGUGGAGGCUGUGCAGCGGCUCCAGGACUCUCUCCAUGAGGCCUUGCAGGACUUAGAAGGUGGCCACAACACGGAGGACCCUCGGCGGACAGGAAAGCUGCUGAUGACUCUUCCCUUGCUCCGUCAGACCGCCGCCAAGGCCGUGCAGCACUUCUACAGCAUCAAGGUGCAGGGUAAAGUGCCCAUGCACAAACUCUUCCUGGAGAUGCUGGAGGCCAAGGCUUGAUAAUUGGGCGGGGAGGCUUGAAUGACAGCUGUAUCGCCCAAUGAGGAUGAAGGACAGCCCCUGAAUAGGAGGGGUGAUGGUACGGAGAACCUAUGACAGUGACAUUACAACGCUGAUCGUUGUUUCUAUGGAACAAAAUUAAUGAGGAAUAGAGGGAAACGAGACAAACUGAUUUUAAGGGUGAAUUUAAAGAUGCUGUGGGAUAUAGUCAUGUAUAUAAAGAUGCUGUGUACAGAACUGCUGUUAUAAUCAGAGACUGUUCGUUCUAGAUCACCUGUAACUACUGAGAGGUUUGGUUUCUUUUCACCUUGUGAAUAGGAAUGGUAUGAUCAAUCUGAUUGGUUUCAGAGCUACUCAAGUAUCUGAUCAAUCUGAUUGGUUAGUGCUCCUCAAGUAUCUGAUCAAUCUGAUUGGUUAGUGCUACUCAAGUAUCUGAUCAAUCUGAUUGGUUAGAGCUACUCAAGUAUCUGAUCAAUCUGAUUGGUUAGUGCUCCUCAAGUAUCUGAUCAAUCUGAUUGGUUAAGAGCUACUCAAGUAUCUGAUCAAUCUGAUUGGUUAGUGCUACUCAAGUAUCUGAUCAAUCUGAUUGGUUAAGAGCUACUCAAGUAUCUGAUCAA